GUGGAUGCUUAAAAAGGAACUAAAAGAAGAUACUUUUGGUCCUUAUGUUGAAAAUCACGAUUUUGAUGAUAUCCUCCUUAUGUGGCAUAUCGCCACUGAACUAUGCUUCAACGACAGUGAGGAUCCAGAAGCUGAUAAGGACCAACGUGACACUGCAAAACAGCUAUCAGGUUACAUGUUGUAUCUUCUGGUCAUGAAGCCUGAUAUGAUGUCCGCAGUCUCUAGCAUAGGGGAAACAAAGUUCCUAGAUGCUUGCAAUGCGAUCUGCAAAGUAUUUGACAAGGAAUUAGGUGGAACAAAGAAGCAAAAGUUUUGUCAGUUCUUUCGCGGAGAGAGCAAAGGAGAGAAGGAAGCUGUACAGAGAGAGGCCAAAACAAUUCUUAGCGUCAACAGAGAAGUUCACCCUGUACAAAUGGAUAAUGAAAUUUGUUUCCAUGCUUUUAUGUUGGCCAAAGAGCUUAAACUGUUACCCUCCAAGGAAAAAUGGCUGCUAAUAAGCAAAUUGUGGGUCGAACUGCUUUCAUAUGCGGCUACUCAUAUCAGAUCAAGUGCACAUGCUGAACAGCUAAGUAAAGGCGGAGAGCUCAUAACUGUUGUUUGGUUUCUGAUGGCUCAUUUUGGCUUGGGAGAACUGUAUGAGAUCAACCAAGGAAAAACCAGAUCAUAAGCCAUCUAUCAACAAUUACAUUUGUUAUUUGAUCAAGUAAUGAUAAUUUCUACAAAUGUAUUGAUUUAAAUAAUUUUUUCUACGAUG